AUGACAAAGCACAAGCAUUUCACCAGACUAGUCGACGAAAGUGAAUCUUCUCUUUCCAGUCCCUCGAUCCCUCUCCAGUCACUUACCUCUUCCAGUCAGAUUCACGUAUCUACCGCGCAGUCUAGUGACCUCCCUCAUGUAGUCAACGUUCGAGGAGGCCCUGUUCCAGGCAUGGAUAUCGAGACAGAGUGGCCAUUGAAUGAGCUGCCGGAAGAGCUGCGAGAACCAGAUGAUGACAACGAUAGAGCGGCAAAUAAUACGGAAGCGAAUUCUAUGAGGACUAAUUGGAAAAAAGAGUUAUUCUUGUUACUGGAAGAUCCGUCGAGUAGUCGCCCUGCGUUUAGUGUGAAUGUAUUUGUGAGCUUUUCGAUCGUGUUGAGUGCGGUCUUGACAACAAUUGAGACUAUUCCCUCUUUCCGAGCAACAGAGAGCUCUGUAUGGUUCAGUUUCGAAACGACAAUUGUUUUGAUAUUUUCAAUUGAAUAUCUUUUACGCCUCAUUGCACACUCGGAUUCCGCCAAACAAUUACUUAAAUUCGUUACUGCUCCUUUGGCGGUCAUUGACUUCAUUGCGAUUAUGCCUUAUUAUAUUGAAUUAAUUUUUCACCAUGACACGACAUAUGACUUUCGUUUUACUAUCCUCAGACUGUUUCGUCUCCUACGAGUCUUUAGGGCAUUCAAGUAUUCGUCGACCAUUAUUAUGACAAUUGAAGUGAUGAUUGUAGCUGUUAAGAGGAGUAUGGAUGCAUUGAGUGCUCUGUUCUUCUUCAUGGUGACGAGUAUUGUUUUAUUCUCGACUUUGUUGUAUUUUGCCGAACGCGGCACAUGGGACACGGAGAAACAUGCCUUCGUUGAUAGUAAUGGAAAACCUAGUGCAUUUGACAGUAUUCCCUCUGCCUUCUGGUUUGUCAUGGUUACUAUAACUACUACCGGAUAUGGUGAUAUGGUGCCAACGACCUUUAUUGGUAAAUUGAUUGCUUUCCCAGCUAUGAUGUGCGGCAUUCUGUUAAUUGCGCUGCCUUCGAUUAUUGUUGGGAGAAAUUUCACGUUGGUAUGGGAAGCAAUGCGGCAAUAUAGAAGAAACACACCAAACGUUAGAGAACAAGCAAAUAAUGUUACCCUAAUUGAGGACGCCGGAACUGGAUAUACCAUGCGUGCAAAUACGCGAACAAGCUUUGAGAGUAAUCAUUCAUAUGCCUCUCAGCCUGCUCGACCCGGCUACGAGACUGCGAAUGAUGAUAUACUAGCCAGUCAGGAUGCUCUUUUAGAACAAAUGCGAACAUUAAUAACACUAGCUCAACAGAACCAGACAGAGUUGAAUCGUAUUCAAACAGUUCUUGAGCAAAGUGGAAUCCGACUGAGAACGUCUGGCGAAGGGAGUGUCUCCACGGAGAAGGGAUUUACGUCUGGUUCUUGA